UAAUCUUUCCACCAGAUUCACAGGAGGCAGGCUGGUUUCAGAUCAACAAUACGUACACGACAUCGGCAACAAUCCCUGUUUAUGCACGUGAUGGUGACGCACGGUACCAAUGUGAGGCCUACAGUAGCGCUCUUGGGGAUAAAAGUGGUAGUCACAUGAUCGCCAAUAUUGUCAUUCAGAGCCCCCCAUCACCCCGACCAGUUUCGGCAGGCACGACCACCUCUUGGGACCAGGAAGUGGUAGCGUCAACUACCGAGGUCCCAUACGAACUUCCAGUUGUUGGGAUAGCAUUGGGGUCAUCAUUCGGUGGUCUCACUGGAUUGGUGAUAGUGGUUUGGCUCCUUCUGUUUGUGGUACAAAAGAGACGAAAUAGUGGCAGACCGGGAAGAGACUCCGAAGAAGGUACACCUCUUUCAGAUUACUUUACUGUGGAAGGUUGCCAGAAUAUACUGAAACCUCUCUUCCAGGCAAAGAUGCAGAACAUCUCAAUUGACCCAUCAGAGGAGAAUCAAGGUGAUGCCAUGUCCACAGAGGAGAUAUUCAUUGAUCUUGAACUCCACGAAAAAAACCACUCCGUGGCAAUCAAGUCACGUGAGCAGAUGAUUGGCCUACUUGGGGGACAGAAAAGGAGAAGGCACUUUGUGGUGAAAGGGGCGGCUGGAUGUGGUAAAACCACACUAGUCAGGCGGUUCGGCUAUGAUUGGGCAAAUGGUGCAGAUUACAUGCAGAAAUUUGAACUUGUGUUCGUUUUAAAGAUGAAAGAAAUGAUUGAGGAGUCUGGGUUGUUAAGUGCCAUUCUCCGUCAGAAUUUUCCCAGCGAUCAAAUGGUGAGCAAGAAGGCUCUGGGGUCUGUCAUUCGAAAAGUCGGUCAUAAGGUUUUGAUUAUCCUGGAUGGACUGGAUGAGAUAAACUUGAAGGUGCUCAACCAGCGAGCACCACCAGGAGACAUUUCAGUGAGAGACAUUUUGGCUGUCAAAUCCUUAGCUAGUUGCUGCAUCAUCGUGACAACACGCCCUCACAUGAUGAAGAAGCUCAAUUCCUGGAAUGAAGAUCCCGUUUUUGCGGUGAUUGAAACCACUGGUUUCAGCCAGCAGAAUAGAAACAAGUACAUCACACAUCGUUUCAGCAAGGACAACGCUAAAGCAGCGGGGCUGAUUCGCCAGAUUGAGACAGCGGCAUUUCUUGAGAUACUUGCAAAGAUACCAAUCAUGCUGAGGUUGCUCUGUUACAUUUGGGAUAACAGCAGGCAAGAUGAGGUCCUACCAGCCAGAAUCACUGAGUUGUACGGGAGGGUGACAGAUGCUCUGUUGAGACACUGGGAAAGGAAAUACAACACAUCACGUGAAUCAAAGGGAGAAGGGUGGGAAGAAAAAGUCUUUGGGGCACUUGGAAAAGUUGCCUUUGCAGGUCUUAUGGACUCCUCCGGGGAAAGACUUGUUUUUCCACAUGGUGAAUUUCCCGGGACGUCUUUAAAUGAUGGAUUAGAGUUAGGAUUUUUCUUAGAGAGGCCUGGCUCAAAUGAAGCCACCGCUACAUUUAUUCAUAAGACCUUCCAGGAGUACUUCGCAGCCUAUUUUCUUGUCAGGCAAACAGAGUCUUUCAUCCAGCAGGAGCUAUUGUCUAAAGUGACAAUUGACACUGUACAAGAAGUUGAGUAUGUUUUGCGGUUUGCCUGUGGUAUGAAUACCCAAGUGGCAUCUGUAAUCUUCCAACACGUCCGCAGCAUUAAAGAUGAGUUAAUAUCUGACAGGUAUCUUUGGGUGCAACACUUGACUCUCAUGCUGUACUACGAAUCCCAGUCAGAUAGUCUCGAGGCAGGGGUUGGAUCCCGGUUGUCCCUUAAGUACAAGGAGGAAUUUGCAGCUCUCCAGUAUUACGUAGACAAGAUCCCAUUACCUCAAGAUCUAGAGUCCUUGGGUGGAGCUUAUGUUUGUCGUCUGCCAAAAGUCCACCUCAAGAGGUUGGAGGUUUAUUUGCAUGUCAUCAAAGAUCAGUCCCAAGUCAAAAGUAUUCUUCAACGUGUGGAUGUUGACCACCUUUACUUUGGUCUCUUAGUCUCAGACACUUUGGGGAAGGAGUUCAACCAACUCAGCAUCACAGUAUCAGACCUUAUUCAUAAGCCAGCACGGACAAUAGUUUGCAUAAAUCAGAAAGAGCAAGGAGGAAGUGAUGGAGCUGCGGCUGAACCCCAGGAUCAAGGAACGAGAGCAGUUGAGGUACUUGUACCUUUUUGCAAGACCAAAAGUUAUGGAUUUGGCCUACGCAUUGAAUGCGACAUCAUCCGGUCAGAAAAGGUCCUCUUGGACAUUGCUUCAAGUCUUGCAGAGAGUCAGGCGGUGUAUUUUGGUGUGCUGAACAACAGGCUGAAUGGAUACAUGAACAGCCUAAAACCGCUCAUCCGUUUCUUGGAGUAUCUGGAACUCUACGACUGUGAUCUUGGGGAAGAAGAUCUAAUGUCACUGGCAGCAAUGAUGCCAAGAGCUGAAAGAUUGCGUGAACUUUACAUAUCAGGAGGCAGCUUCUCUACACAUGCUGUAAGAGUCGUUGCCCAUAGCCUAACACAUUGCUCAAGAAUCCUGAUGUUGGAAUUGCGUCGGACUGGUAUGACGCCCAAAAAUGUUGAGAGAGUGGUUAAAGAAAUCUUUCCCGAGAUGGAACUAGUCCAGGGAAAUAUCGAUUGUCAGUUUUGGCUGCAAGGACACCCAAGUGGCUAAUUUUGCUAUGUUUCGGUCCUUCCCACAAUGCCCUUUUCCUUUCCGUAUCUAAUGAGAGUUGAAAGAGACUGAAAGAGAGUGGCAGAGUUCUUUUCCUUGACUAAUUAAUUACGUCUCUAUCAGUGAAGUUACUGCAAGCUUUGUUUACAUGCCAAAUCAUUGCCACCUUGAUAGCAAUCACAGCUUCUCUGAUGCUGUUUCAAUCCAAGAGCUGAGAACAAGCAGAUAAAUGACAGAAUGGCUAAGAAAUUUGCCGUACGUCUGUUCCAUCAAAGCAGGUUGUUUUUACCCAUAACUGAAUUUCCUUUAGACUUCAUAAUGAGCUUUUCCGCAGAGUUGGGACAGACGACUGUUCUUUUUUUUUUUUUUUUGGUACUAUCACUGACUUAAAGCCCACUAAAACUUCAUAGAUGGAAUACGAUUUCCCAUACAAAAGUCUCAGAGCUUAUGGUAAAUUACACAGCAUGUCUGACAGAAGUGCCAACAAAGAAUAUUAAGAAAGUGAAGAGAUGCCUUGAAAUCAUUGUAAAAUUUACAGAAAUUUUUUAGCUGAUCUUGAAGGUAUUUCUUGAAUUUAGCUAUACACUUGAGAAUUUACAAACAUCUCAAAUCAAAAUCAAGCCGUAGUGACUUUCUUCUCAUUUGUAGAGUAUCAGUGUAGUAAGUUCAAGUUGAAGAAUUUAGCGCCUGUCUAUUUUCUUUGAAUCUUUUUUGUAUGCUCGCCAACCUCAGAAUGGACAAAUGAAAAAUAUGCGCUACCGUCGCUUGCCAGAUCAAGUCACCUUGUAUAAAUCCACCGUGUGGAAAUUUGCCUUCAUUUUAGCAAGUAGUUUUUGCCAAUUUGUGCCAUGGUCAGCUGUUCCUUUUCUUAUUAUCAGUGAAAAACUACUAGUCAAUCAAAAUUUCGGACUUUCCAUUGAUUUGAAUAAAAAAUAAUGUGCGUAUAGACGCUUAAGAUUUCGUUCAUUUGAACUUUUUAAAAGUGAUUAAAAAUAUGACUUCUAUUUAACUUCCGCAUGAUGCCAGGGAAUUUGGAGUGUGCCAAAUAAUUCGUUCGAUGUGUAAAUCAUUAUUUUUUCUCAAGAGAACAAUAUAAGUGGAGAAUUAGUAUUUUUUAAUCUUUUAGAUUGCCUUUUCAAUGUGUGACUCCAGUUUCUCCUAUACUUUAUGUGUAAUAUUUCUCGCUUUGUUGUUGAGAAAGUUAAUCUUGAAGUCUUUCUUUGAACAAAAAAUGGGAAGGUGUGUUUUUGCUUGAAAAGAUAACUUUAUUGUAUGUAGAUUAAAACAUUUGUACACGUAUGGAAUUGUACAUUUGAGAGAUAGCUUACGAGUGUCUGAAACAUGACGGAGGUUUUUCUUUUUCCGUUUUGGC